GGCUAUUUAUUAGAUUCGAACUACCUAAUCGAAAAAAAAACAAAUCAAGAGUUGUACCUAAAGCAAAUAUGAACAAAACAAGAAAAUGAAUCGGUAUCAUUCAACGUGUUACUUCUCUUUGGUUAUUAAAGGCAGUUCUGAAAAGUAAUGGAUCAAUCGUAUAAAUCAAAAUUCAACAAAUUCAAGUGCAGUGCAAAAAUAAACAAUCCAAAGUGCAACCGUCAUAAUCUACGGGGAAUGUCAUUAAGAUUGAUAGAUAAAAUUCAUUCCAUGGGAUAUACACAUGAAAUCGACGAAUCGAUGAGUAUUUGUGAGUCAUGUCGUGGAUUGAUAAGUCACAACAGAAGCCCGAAUACGAAAAAACGCCGAUCGGAUGGAAACGACGAAACUAUGCAACCAUCAUUUAGUGGGCAGCAACAUCAUGAUGUUCCAGAACCAGAACCGUCAACGAGUGGUCAACAAAUCGAACAUGAGCUGGAUAUGGUACCAUCUAUUCCAUCAUUGGAGUCAAUUCCGUCAACAGAUCAACUACAGGGUCCCCAUAAUAUUGAGAAGUUUAAUACCAUUGCUGAAACAUUGAGUUUAUCGCCAAUCUCAUCUAGAAACAUGAGAAGUAUGGAAUAUCGCAUAAACAAAUCAUUGCAGAUUACGAAAGCAGUUCGAAAAAAUAUCUUCGGAAUAGAUUCAACGGAUGUUGGCAAAGUGGAGGCGUAUGACGAGAUAAUUAUGCAGUUAAAGGAUAAGUUCAAUCACCCUACAACUGACAGAAGCGAACAGAUUAAAAUACUAUCUGUACUUCCUAAGUCUUGGUCGGUAAAUAAAAUCACAAGAGAGUUUAACGCACCAAUGUAUAUGGCGAGGCAGGUGAAGGAUCUUGUUUAUGAACAGGGUAUUCUUUGUACCACCGAAAAAAGAAGGGGGCAUGGUAUUGAUGACGAUACAAAACAAAUAGUAAGAGAAUUUUUUGAUGAUAAUGAUAUCAGCAGGCCAAUGCCAGGAACAAAUGAUUUUGUUUCUGAGGUUCGAAAUGGCAAAAAAACAACAAGUUCAAAAACGACUUUUGAUGAUGUCGCUCAAAGAGGCUUAUAUGAUUUUUGUAGAUAUGUACAAAACUAUGAAUAUUGGUUUCACAGUAUUUACACAGUUGCGACCAAAGCAUUGUAUUUUACUUGAUUCUACUGGUAUACAUAAUGUAUGCAUAUGUACUAUUCAUGAAAAUGUAAAUUUAAUGUUCAACAGUAUAAGAAUUGUGUCACAAGAUGAAAUAAUACAAAAAAUGCUUUGCGAUAUUUCCACCAGAACAGAUAAUUGCUUUUUCCGUGCUUGUGAAAAGUGUGCUUGUAAUGAACACAUUGAAGAGGAACUUACAUUGAUAUUAGAAUCAAAUGACAAAAAAGAGAUUAUAUUUCAGCAGUGGUUGAAUACUGAUCGCUGCAAUUUAGAAACGAUUAUUAAACCUGUUGAUGAAUUUGUUCCGUAUCUUGUUGAUAAAAUUGACAAACUUAUAACACACGACUUUAUUCAUAAACAACAAUCAUCAUUUCUCAGAAAUAAAAAAAGAUACAUUAAAGGAUGAUGAAAUUCUUGCGAUUUGUGAUUUCUCUGAAAACUAUUCAUACAUAAUUCAAAACGCUGCUCAAGGAUAUCAUUGGAACAACUCGCAAGCAACAAUACACCCAUUUGAAAUUUACUAUAUGAAAGAUAAUAAACUUGUUAAUGUUAGCUUCAUUAUCAUAUCGGAAGUAAUGGCUCACGAUACAGUUGCGGUCCAGUUGUUCAUCUCAAAAAUGAUAGAUUUUAUGAAACAAUUAACGAACUUUUCUAAAAUUUAUUUUAUGUCUGAUGGGGCAGCAUCACAAUACAAAAAUAAGAAGAACUUUGCUAGUCUAUGUAGAUUCCAGUCAAAGCAUGCAUUAAGAGCAGAAUGGCAUUUUUUUGCAACGUCCCACGGUAAAGGUCCAUGUGAUGCUAUUGGUGGCACUCUCAAGCGAAUGGCAAAGAGAGCAAGUCUUGCUCGAGAUUAUGGAAGUAUCAUAACAACUCCACGAGAGUUAUAUAACUGGGCAGUUGUACAGACAGAUAAAAAUAUAACUAAAUUAAAUUAAUGUUACAUAUCCACUGAACAGUACAUUAAAAUGUCAGAAGAUCUCGAAGAAAUAUAUAAUAACGCCAAAACAAUACCAGGCACUCAGAAAUUCCAUAGUUUUUUGCCUAUUCCUGGCGACAAAGUAAAGGCAAACAGGUAUUCUAAUUCAGAAGAUGAACCAAAAAUAUUUAGUAUGAUCGGAAAAAAAUAGAAAAGAACAUGUUUGAAAUUGGCUCUAAGACACAUAUAUAUAUAUUUGAAAAAUUCAUAAUAAUAAAUAAUUGUAUAUUUAAAAGUGCACUUCAAUACAUAUUGCGAUCAAACAUUACAUUUCCUAAGAAAAUACAUUUGUAAUAUUUUCAGUUUUUUAUGUAUAGGAAAACCCUUCCAAAUGAUUGAAUAAAUAACACAAAAUCUCCUAGAAAAUUGACUUUCAUUGGAUUCUGGGAUUGUUAUGGCCUUCACUGGUUUUAUUGUUGAUAACAAAAUACACUGAAAAAAAAACAUUCGAACAAGAAAAAGUUUUUGUUAGAAAAACUUUUUUUCCUUAAAAGUGCCUAUCUUGUGAUGUAUGUACGGUUGGUAGGGAACAUAAUUACCUGUCUUGAGACAAAAUUUCAUCAAAAUCAAAAAUGGUGUUUUUUUAAAUCAACUUUGAAUUUUUAGAAAUGAUUUUUUUCAGUGUAGGGCUCAUUUUGGAUUUUUUUCAGUAUUUUUGCCUUUCUCGUUCACCUAAGUGAACUGAAAGGCUAUAUGUUCACUCAAAAAAAAAUUUUUCGAUAGGAGGCUCGGAGAGUCAAGUCGCAUAUACCAAUCAACUCAGUUCGACGAAUUGAGAUGAUGUCUGUAUGUGUGUAUGUAUGUGUGUCUGUGAACAAAAUAAGUUCACUCACUUUUAAGGCACUUCCCAUUGGCCGAUUUUUCGGAUUAUAGCUCGAAUCGAACCGGAAUUUAACCGCAUUGUUUGCUAUUGAAAAUGAUUCGGAUCGGUCAAGGCGUUUCGGAAUUAUGGCCAAUUUAGUGAUCCGGACCAGCACUUUUCACCCGAGCGACAGGUGUAACAGCCUGCUUAAGUUGGUGCGCGACGACCGCCACGACGGACGCCGCAGCUCGCAGCACACCACGAGAACGAAAGUAAGAGAGAAUGUGAGAGAAAACGACGACGACGAAAGAGCGGCGCUAACGUGCUAUACAUAUAAGCAAAAAAAAAGCCUAGAGUUGUCACCCAUCACUAACGAACCACGUAUGAGUGUGAUGAUGGCAACUUAUCCUGAUAUUUCAAAGUUUCCUUUUUAACAGGGGAACCAUUAGGGAGAUCAUCC